AUGGGGUUUGGUGUUGAUUCGUGUGUAGUGAAUGAAACAUUAAGUGUAAACUGUAAAUUAAGCGUACAAAACAAGUGGUGCAGAACUUUAUCGCAGCCAAGCCGGGGCGGAGUCGCAAGCCAGCAGGCUCUGGUUCGGAGAGCAGCAUCAGCCCGCGGGCGUCUCGUGCGCCCUAGCAUGUUCCUCCGGUCAUCACACUCGUCUUUACCAACAGUGAAUUGUAAAGAGCCCAGUAUGUCGGGCGCGACGGCGGGCGGGAGUGCGGGCGGGGGCGCGGGGGGCGCGGCGCCCCUCGCCGCGCUGGGCGGGCUGGGCGGCUCCCUGGAGGACAAGGACUGCGACCUGCUGUGUCCCGUGUGCUUCGAGCUCAUCGACGAGGCGUACGUCACUCGCUGCGGACACUCCUUCUGCUACGCCUGCAUCAGCAAGGCCGUGGAGCUCCACCGGCGCUGCCCCAAGUGCGGCGCGGCGCUGGCGUCCCGCGAGCACAUAUUCCCCAACUUCCUGCUGAACGAGGUGGUGGCGCGGCGCCGCGCGCCCGCGCCCGCGCCCCCCGGCGCCGCGCCCAGCGUGCGCGCGCUCGUGGCGGCCGAGGCGCGGCGCCUGCCGCUGGCCGACGUGGACGCCAUGCUGGACCUGCUGGCGCGCCGCAAGCGCCUGCUGCAGGCCGAGUCCACGGCCGCGCACCACCGCCUGCUGUACGAGUUCCUCGCGCAGCUGCACCGCACGCGCUCGCUGCAGCUGGAGGCGCUCGCCCGCGAGGCCGCGCUGGUCCGCCGGGACAUGGCCACCGUCGCCGCCGUGCUGCGCCAGCUGCCGCCGGAGCCCGAGCCCGCGCCCUCCGCCGCCGCCACCUCCGUGUCGGACCCCGCCUCCGCGCCCCCGCACUCCUCCACGCCCGCCCCCCUUGCGCCCCUCGCGCCCCCCGCCACAGAAGACGACGAGAGCUUUGCAGGCGGCGCCGCGCCCCCGGGGGACGCGCUGGCGGCGCGCUGGCGACGACUGCACGCACACUUCGAUGACUUCGUACAGUGUUACUUCGCGCACCGCGCGGACGAGCUGUACUUCCCGGGGUCGUCGGCGCUGACCCCCGCGUCCCCCGCCUUCCCCGGCGACUGCAGCGCCGCGCCCCCCGCGCCCCCGGCCGCCAGCCCGCCCGCGCCCUCCGCGCUGGACGCGGACCACGUGCCGCAGGCGCCCGUGGAGCGCGCCCCCGGCGGCGACCAGCGCGCCCCCGACGCGCCCGUGCCGGAGCCCGAGCCCGCGCCCCCGCCGCCGCCGGAGCCCGACGCGGACGCCGACAGCCGCGCGGCGCUGCGCCCCCGCGGGCUGGACGCCUUCCGCGAGGACCUGGUGGCCUUCACCCGGUACCGCGCGCUGCGCCCCCUGGCGACGCUGUCGUACUGCAGCGACGCCAUCAACUACUCCACCAUCGUGUCCACCAUCGAGUUCGACAAGGACGAGGAGUUCUUCGCCAUCGCGGGCGUGACGAAGCGCAUCAAGGUGUUCGAGUACGAGGCCGUGGUGCGCGACUGCGUGGACGUGCACUACCCGUGCGCAGAGAUGCAGUGCUCGCACAAGAUCUCGUGCGUGUCGUGGAACGCGUACCACAAGAACGUGCUGGCCUCGUCCGACUACGAGGGCACCGUCAGCGUGUGGGACGCCGCCACGGGCCAGCGCACGCGCGCGCUGCACGAGCACGACAAGCGCUGCUGGUCCGUGCACUUCAACCGCGCGGACGUCAGGCUCCUGGCCUCGGGCUCCGACGACGCGCGCGUCAAGCUGUGGGCGCUGAACGCGGAGCGCUCGGUGGCGACGCUGGAGGCCAAGUUCAACGUGUGCUGCGUGCGCUUCAACCCGCGCUCGUCGUGCCACCUGGCCUUCGGCUCGGCCGACCACUGCGUGCACUACUACGACCUGCGCGCGCCGCGCUCGCCGCUGGCCGUGUUCCGCGACCACCGCAAGGCCGUGUCGUACGUCAAGUUCCUGGACGCGCGCACGCUGGUGUCGGCGUCCACGGACUCGGCGCUGAAGCUGUGGCGCGUGGAGUCGCCGCGCUGCGUGCGCUCCUUCAGCGGCCACGCCAACGAGAAGAACUUCGUGGGGCUCGCCACCGACGGCCGCUACGUGGCCUGCGGCUCCGAGAACAACGCGCUGUACGUGUACUACGCCGGCCUGUCGCGCCCGCUGCUGGUCUACCGGUUCGACGCCGUGCGCGGCUUCCUGGAGCGCGAGCGCCGCGACGAGGAGCCGUCCGAGUUCGUGUCGGCCGUGUGCUGGCGCCGCGCCGGCCCGGACCCGGCCGUACUCCUCGCCGCCAACUCGCAGGGCACCAUCAAGGUGCUCGAGCUCGUCUAA